UAAACAAAGCGGUGCAUUCUGGGAAGAGGGAAUCGUUACGUGCAGGAAGAGGGAGUCUCCAUCUUAGGCGCUCGAAGCGUCGCGGCGGCAUGGCGGCUGAUAGCCGGGAGGAAAAAGAUGGUGAACUGAAUGUUCUGGAUGACAUUUUGACUGAUGCUCCUGAUCAAGAUGAUGAGUUGUAUAACCCUGACAGCGAGCAAGAUAAAAGUGAGAAAAAGGGAUCAAAAAGAAAAACUGACAGGAUGGAAAACGCUGAAAACAAGAGACAGAAACCUUCUGUGCAUUCAUCAAGGCAGAUGAUGCCAAAGCCUCCUAGUUCAUCAGUUAGCAAUAACAAGAGAAUAGUGAGUACGAAAGGAAAACCAGUAUCAGAAUACAAGAAUGAGGAGUACCAGAGGUCCGAUAGAAACAAGCGCCCAGAUGGUGAUCGAAAGACGCGCAUGUCAAGCAGUUCCAGGGAACCUUAUAAAGGACAACCAGACAAAACUUGCAUGAGGAAGAGGGAUAUUGACAGAAGGGCGAAGUCUUCUACACCAGAUGGUUCAGAGAGAAUCAGGCAUGAUGUGGAUAGAAGACCAAGCAGAUCCAGCCACUCUUCUAAAGAAGAGGUGAACUCUGAGGAAUAUUGUUCAGAUCACGAGACUGGCAGUAGUGGUUCCUCUGAACAAGGCAAUACAGAGAACGAGGAGGAAGGAAUGGAAGAAGAGGAAGAUGAUGAAGGGGAGGAGGAUGAAGAGGUGGAAGAGGAUGGGGAGGAGGAUGAAGAAGAAUAUGAACAGGAUGAACGAGAUCAGAAGGAAGGAAAUGACUAUGACACACGAAGUGAAGCCAGCGAUUCUGAUUCUGAAUCUGCCUCUUUCACAGAUGGAUCAGUCAGAUCUGGAUCUGGUUCAGAUGCAUCAGAUGAGAAAAAGAAGGAAAGGAAGAGAGCUAGAGGUAUCUCUCCGAUUGUUUUUGACAGAAGUGGAAGUUCUGCAUCAGAAUCAUAUGCAGGUUCAGAAAAGAAGCAUGAGAAAUUAUCAUCUUCCGUUCGUGCUGUCCAAAAAGACCAAACAAGUAAACUUAAAUACAUUCUCCAAGAUGCAAGAUUCUUUCUCAUCAAGAGUAAUAACCAUGAAAAUGUAUCACUUGCUAAAGCAAAGGGAGUAUGGUCGACACUUCCAGUGAAUGAAAAGAAGCUUAAUGCUGCAUUUAGAUCAGCGAGGAGUGUUAUUUUGAUAUUUUCUGUAAGAGAGAGUGGCAAAUUCCAAGGAUUUGCAAGACUGUCUUCAGAGUCCCAUCAUGGAGGAUCACCUAUACACUGGGUGCUACCUGCAGGAAUGAAUGCAAAAAUGUUGGGAGGUGUCUUUAAAAUUGACUGGAUUUGCAGGCGUGAAUUGCCGUUCACUAAGUCUGCUCACCUGACCAAUCCUUGGAAUGAACAUAAGCCAGUAAAGAUUGGACGCGAUGGACAGGAAAUUGAGCCGGAAUGUGGAACCCAACUUUGUCUUCUCUUCCCUCCCGAUGAAAGUAUUGACUUGUAUCAAGUCAUUCAUAAAAUGAGGCACAAGAGAAGAAUGCAUUCACAACCCCGAUCAAGAGGACGCCCAUCCCGUCGAGACCCCGUUCGGGACGUGGGAAGGCGUCGACCAGAAGAUUAUGAUAUUCAUAACAGCAGAAAGAAACCAAGGAUUGACUAUCCCCCUGAGUUUCACCAAAGACCAGGGUAUAUAAAGGAUCCCAGAUAUCCUGAAGUAGACAGACGAUUUUCAGGAGUUCGACGAGAUGUAUUUUUAAACGGGUCCUACAAUGAUUACGUGAGGGAAUUCCACAACAUGGGACCGCCACCACCAUGGCAAGGAAUGCCACCGUAUCCAGGUAUGGAGCAGCCACCACACCACCCUUACUAUCAGCACCAUGCACCUCCACCUCAAGCUCACCCUCCAUACUCAGGACAUCAUCCUGUACCACAUGAAGCAAGAUACAGAGACAAACGAGUACACGACUACGACAUGAGAGUAGACGACUUUCUUCGCCGCACACAAGCAGUUGUCAGCGGCCGAAGAAGCAGGCCUCGGGAGAGGGACCGAGAGCGGGAACGGGACCGUCCUAGAGAUAAUAGAAGAGACAGAGAACGUGACAGAGGCCGUGAUCGGGAAAGGGAGAGAGAGAGAAUUUGUGACCGGGACAGAGACAGAGGCGAAAGGGGUAGAUAUCGAAGAUAAUCUAUCUGGAACCAGUGCUCACUUAAAACAAAAAAAAGCUUGUAUUUUUUUGUGUGUUUACAAGUAGUACAUUUUAUUUUCAGCUGUCUACUUAAAGUUCAUUGUGUAGAAGGAUUUAUAAAUGACCCUCUAUUCCAAGCAUGCAGUGAACUAUGAACUGGAAAAAACUCAAAUCGGCCAAAAAUAAAAUACGCAAAGCUGACGCUCAACUUCACGUUUCUGUUGGAGAAGAAUGGGAAACAACUAAGAAUGUAGAUACUGAUUAAUUCUCAAUAAGUGUUCAUCUACUUAGUGACUUCA